AUGACGGAGACAGGAUCGGGCUCGACUGACCUACAGCCAGAGCUUGAAAAACAGCCAUCGACGACACCUGCAGAGGACAUCGAUCCGCCUAAAAGACAAGAUGAAACUGCAGAGUCUGGAGACCCUGACCUGGUUGAUUGGGAUGGCCCUACCGAUCCCCACAACCCUCAAAAUUGGUCGAACGCGCGUAAAUGGUGCUUAGUUACGCUGGUUUCAGCGGUGACUUGCAAUAUCUCAAUGGCAUCGACCGUGGCCGCUCCCGCGGUCCCCGCGAUUAUGGAUCAUUUCCACAACAGCAACCUGGAGUUGGAGUCCUUCGUGGUGUCGAUCUAUAUCAUCGGUUUUGUCUUCGGGCCAUUGCUUGUCGCCCCCUUGAGUGAGCUGUACGGCCGCUCUAUUAUCUUGCAUGUCACCAAUGUCCUCUUCUUCAUCUUCAACAUUGCCUGUGCCGUGAGCACCGAUCUUCCAAUGUUCAUCGUCUUCCGGCUCAUAGUUGGUCUUAUGGCAUCCACGCCUUUGACACUUGGAGGUGGUUUCAUUGCAGAUUUGAUGGUUGCCGAGAAACGUGCACGCGCUUUGACUAUUUGGACAAUGGGUCCCGUUAUUGGUGGAUUUCUAUCUCAAGGAGCGGGAUGGCGAUGGGUAUUGUGGUUUGUCGUAAUCAUAUCUGGAACUUUGACUCUCGCCUGUUUUAUCUUUGUUCGAGAAACAUAUAGCCCUGUCCUCUUAAUCCGCAAGGCGGCACGACUGCGCAAGGAAACUGGAAAUCCAAAAUUGCACUCCAAGUUCGACAGUUCUAAGACCGCUUAUGAGACAUUUUCCCAAGCUAUUAUCAGGCCAACCAAGAUGCUGUUAUUCGCACCAAUUGUCACGAUUCUUGCACUCUACAUUGCUCUCAUUUACACCUACAUGUACUUGCUAUUCACAACCUUCACCUUCAUCUUCGAAGAGCAGUACGGAUUUAACUCAGGCGAAGCGGGUCUCGCAUACCUCGGGACGGGCAUCGGGUUUAUCUUGGGGUUGUUCGUCACCGGAUUUUACUCCGACAAAGUCGUCAGAAAGAUUCGGAAGACACAGCCUCCUAAACCUGAGCACCAUCUUCCUCCCAUGGCCGUGGGCGCAAUCCUUCUUCCGAUUGGCCUUUUUUUCUACGGUUGGACAGCUCAAUACGCGGUCCAUUGGAUUGUUCCGAUUAUUGCGACGGGAUUCUUUGGCCUAGGUCUGUUACUCGGAUUCAUGCCAGUGCAAGUUUAUCUCGUGGAAACCUAUACAAUCUAUGCGGCCAGUGCAAUUGCGAGUAACACUGUGCUUCGAUCUCUGUUUGGAGCAGUCGUGCCCCUGGCCGGCCAAAAGAUGUACGCCACGCUUGGAUACGGCUGGGGUAACAGUCUCCUUGGCUUCAUCGCUUUGAUUUUCAUCCCAGCACCUUUUGCCCUUCUAAAAUACGGAGAGCAGAUCAGAACGAACCCACGGUUUCAAGUGAAGUUGUAA